AUGGUUAAUGUUGAUGGCGAUGAAAGUGACAGUUCACAAGAAUCUUGUUACUCAACUUCGACUAGAUGUAAACAAGGAAUCCAGAAAGGAUUAAGUAACCUGAAAAGGAAAAUGGCAGAAUGUGUGGACGAAGCGGAAUUGCAAGAUCUAAGACUAAAGAUAAAUUCAAGAGAAAGACGCCGUAUGCAUGAUUUGAAUUCCGCAUUAGAUGGUUUAAGAGAAGUAAUGCCUUAUGCAAAUGGUCCCUCAGUGAGGAAACUAUCGAAAAUAGCUACCUUGUUGCUAGCAAAGAACUAUAUUCUUAUGUUAAACAGUUCCCUAGAUGAAAUGAAGAAACUCGUCAGCGACGUUUAUCAAACACAUCCAAUACGGACACGUGCACCACCGGCUCAUCUGCAACCUCCGCACGCGCCUCAAUUUUCUCCAUCAUUACCAUCCGUUUCCAAUGUGCCUACAGUAUCAGGACCUUCACACGUUCAUUGUCGUGAUUUAGAAACAAUACACACUGUUGUGUCAAAGGACAGCUCAUCGCAUAUGACCUCAUUAGUAACACCACAUGAAAGACAUAUGUUUACGUCACGAUGGCCUGUCCCUUGCGCGUGCAGUAACUGCAUGAUUGACUCAAUGAGAAUAUCAUAUCCUAAAUAUCCACCAUCCUUGCCGACAGCGCCAACCUUUCAUAAAUGA